ACCUCCCCCCCUAGAAUGUCAAGGCAGCCCCGUAAAACCCUGAGAGCUCACAGGAUGGAGACCUCCCACGUUUGUUGCAGAGGAUACAAAGGCUACAAGAACGGCCAGAUCCUUGCCCUCAGGAAGCUUCUCUUCUGGAAGAUGCUCUUCAGAGCCAGAUCCAGGGAUGAGCUCUUGUCCUGUCGCAGAUGUCCCAAACAGAACUCUAACGUCCCCCUUCAUGUUGAGGGCAGCUGGUCCAGGAACGACUGCUCGACUUCUCGCUCCCAACGCUACGCUCUAGCCUUCGCAACUAAAGAAAGCCUCAAAGAUCAGGGUCUCAGGAUGCCUCAGAGAAACGCAGGCGCCACGACUUCGCAGGGAGCCCUCCGGCAAGAAGAGAAGCCAGAAAGGAAAGAAAAUACGACUCCCAGAAUGCUCUGGGUCAGAGCAGCACGUAGACGCGCUGGACGUCAGACGACGUGGAGGCUGGGCCUCGCGGCUUCACGACACCAGCACGCGGCGCUCUGUGUGACGUCAGCUCCCUGCGCCGCCCCGGCUUCUGCCCGUCCGAGGGACGAAGGUGACAGCGGGAAGGUUCGCUCCCUGGGCGGCAGCGGCGCUGCGAAGCCUCUGUUUUCCUGCCGCCUGCGGUCCCCUUCCCGGCUCGCCAUGCUGACAGCGCAGCGGCUCGCGCGAGGGGCGCUCUCCGCCACUCUGACCCGAUUCACCUCCCAGGAGGCGGGGACGGCGAGCCCCAAGAAAGUGACGUUUGGGUCCCUAAAGGAUGAGGACCGCAUCUUCACCAACCUCUACGGCCGCCACGAAUGGAGGCUGAAAGGGGCCCAGAGCCGGGGCGACUGGUAUAAGACGAAGGAGAUCUUGCUGAAGGGGCCUGACUGGAUCCUCAACGAGAUCAAGACGUCGGGCCUGCGGGGCCGCGGCGGGGCCGGCUUCCCGACAGGCCUGAAGUGGAGCUUCAUGAACAAACCCUCAGAUGGCAGGCCCAAGUACCUGGUGGUGAACGCGGACGAGGGCGAGCCGGGGACCUGCAAGGACCGGGAGAUCAUGAGGCACGACCCCCACAAGCUGGUGGAGGGCUGCCUCAUCGGGGGCCGCGCCAUGGGCGCCCGCGCUGCCUACAUCUACAUCCGGGGAGAGUUCUACAACGAGGCCUCCAACCUGCAGGUGGCCAUCAGGGAGGCCUACGAGGCCGGGCUCAUCGGCAGGAACGCCUGCGGCUCCGACUAUGACUUCGACGUGUUUGUGGUGCGGGGGGCCGGGGCCUACAUCUGCGGAGAGGAGACGGCGCUCAUCGAGUCCAUCGAGGGCAAGCAGGGCAAGCCGCGCCUCAAGCCGCCAUUCCCCGCCGACGUGGGCGUCUUUGGCUGCCCCACCACGGUGGCCAACGUGGAGACGGUGGCCGUGUCGCCCACCAUCUGUCGCCGGGGCGGGUCGUGGUUCGCCAGCUUUGGCCGGGAGCGGAACUCGGGCACGAAGCUCUUCAACAUCUCGGGCCACGUGAACCACCCGUGCACCGUGGAGGAGGAGAUGUCGGUGCCCCUCAAGGAGCUCAUCGAGAAGCACGCGGGGGGCGUGACCGGCGGCUGGGACAACCUCCUGGCCGUGAUCCCCGGCGGCUCGUCCACUCCUCUGAUCCCCAAGUCGGUGUGCGAGACGGUCCUCAUGGACUUUGACGGCCUGAUCCAGGCCCAGACGGGGCUCGGCACGGCCGCCGUCAUCGUCAUGGACCGAUCGACGGACAUCGUGAAAGCCAUCGCCCGCCUCAUCGAGUUCUACAAACACGAGAGCUGCGGCCAGUGCACGCCUUGUCGGGAGGGUGUGGACUGGAUGAACAAAGUGAUGUGGCGAUUCGUCAAGGGCGAUGCCCGCGUGUCCGAGAUCGACGCCCUCUGGGAGAUCAGCAAACAGAUCGAGGGUCACACCAUCUGCGCCCUGGGCGACGGGGCCGCCUGGCCUGUGCAGGGCCUGAUCCGCCACUUCCGCCCGGAGCUCGAGGAUCGGAUGCACCGUUUCGCUGGGCAGCACUCGGCCCGCCAGGCUGCCUAGGCCGGAGCCCCCUCCCCCGCCCCCUCCCCGCGUUGCUCUGAGUGAAUAAAGCCGGCGCUGCCCUCGGGCGGCUGCCCAGUUUCUAUUC